UUUCUAUUAUUUUCUCAUUUCUUACACAGAUGUUAUGGAAAAUUCGUCAGAUGUACACAAUAACGAUAAUGGUAUUGAGUUUUAAUGAAUGAUUGACUCCUGCUUUAAUAUCUUCUUCAUAAUGAAGGUGAGGAAUCCAAAAGUCAUCAUGACUCAUGCAUCAGCAUUCAUCUUCAACAACAUAUUUCUCCUUCUUAGCUAUUAUAGUGGUCAGCAAAUUAGCAACCAGAAUGAAAUAUUUCGAAGAUAUCUGGCAGAGCUUCCAUGGAUCAACAAGUCAAAGUGGUUCAAGCAGAGCAUGCUAAUUAUGAUGAGCCGAGCUAAUGUUGAUACUCAGAUCAAACCAUAUGGAAUCUUCUACCUGAACCUCACAUCGUACAAAGAUUUGUUGAAAGCUGCUUUCUCCUUUGCGAACAUUCUCUACACUUACAAAGCGCACGAGGAGAACAAUGAGGUGCUGGAAAUGACAAUACAGGUGAAACUUAUCUCAAUGGGGCAUGGACGGUCAAGGGAGGGCAAUAUCCCUCCAUCAAACGGUUGAAUGGGAAACAAUAACUGUCAACUCAUGUCAAUAUUCAACAAUAGGGGUUCAUGGCCCAUCAAAUAGUUUCAGUAACAUAAGAAAUAUUUUCGAUACCUACUCCAAAAUCCAACACUCUGGUUCGCCAGCUUGACUCGAUACCUACAUGUAUCGUUUAAAAUAGCACUAAGAAAACAGUUUUAUAUCCAUGAAUGUAUAAAUUUAGUUCAUCAUUAAUGGUUUCUAAUGAGCACAAUUAUGUUUUUGUCUUUUGUGAAAAAAUUGAAUAAAAUGACUUGAAAAU